ACGCGUUAGUUUAGUGGCCAGAUUGGGUAACCGAUCUGAUGCUUCGCGGUCUAGGAGUAGAUUCCGAAGCCGGAGCCGUAGUUUUGAUAGAAAUCGAUCGUUUUUGUCCAGGAGUAGAAGCAAUGGUAGAUACCAAGGCAAAAGAGGCGCAAGCUCAGGUAAACCAGUUUACCUUUGUUCCUUUUGCAAGCGAACUGGACAUACAAGGAAAUUUUGCUACCGUUUGCAUGGAAAAAGCCCGCGUAAGAACCAAGCCAGUGUUAAAUUUCUUGAUUCUCCAAAACCAUCUUCCAGUACAAAAGAUUCAGGACUGUUUAAGCGUUUAAAGAAAGAUUUAGACUCAGAUUCAGAUUAUUCUGAUGGCAUGCCUUGUCUCAUGAUCUCGUCAGUCAACAAGAUCAGUGAUCCCUGCUAUGUGGAGGUUUUAAUCAAUCGAAAGCGUCUAACCAUGGAGAUUGAUUGUGGAUCAGCGGAGAGCGUUAUUCCAGAAGAGCUGUAUUUGAGAAAUUUCAAAAGCUGUGAGCUGCAGCGAUGCAACAAAAAACUUGUUGUUAUUGACGGAAACAAAUUGAAUGUAGUUGGAAGAAUUUGUGUUGAUGUACAGCUCGCUGGGAACCGGAAACAGCUAACCAUGGUUGUUUUACGGUGCAAGAACAAUUUCAUCCCUCUGGUUGGCCGUACAUGGUUGGACGAAUUUUAUUUAGGAUGGCGAAACACAUUUAACAAUCCUCCGUUGAUGGUUGGGAACAUUGACGUGACUGACGAGCAAACAGUUGUCGAUGAAGUAAUGAAUUUCUCUUGGGGGAAGGAUAGUGUUGGCGCAUAAGCGUCAGCUUAAGCUAUCUUCUAACUCUCGCCGUAAAGGAACUUUAAUGUUCCCACAUGAGAGUUCAGCGACCCCGAUGCAUGAUCCAGCACUCAUUUUGUCGCCAGUAAGAAAUCCAGAAGAAGCACCAGUUUCGUCAUCUGUAGAAGCACCACUUUUGUCGUCGUCAUCGAAUGUUUUAUCACCGAUUUCGGUGAGACGUAGUAACGAAUCAGGAACAAGAAGUAAAAGAAGACGGAAUGAAGAAGAAUCCGAAUCCGACGACCAAUCUACUC